CACCCCGGGAUCAGGUUUCCCGAAGGGCGGAGUCUUUAUGGCCCUCGCGGGGCGCCGUCCGCCGCCCGUGAGCACGUGAUCGCGCCCGGCCCGUCGCAACAUGGCGGCGCCCAUGUGAGGGGCGGCGCGGAGGAUGCGUGGGGCGGCGCGGGCGGUGGCCGCCUUCAGCACCUUUCGCGGAGCCAGCCUGUGCCCCCCCCGCGGUCCCCCUGCCAUGGACGGGACCUCCCCCAACGGCUCCGGGCCCUCCCCGGGCACGGGGAGCCCCCCCGGGGCUGGUGAGACGCUCAUCUCCGAAGGCCGAGCCACCAUCCUCUUCCCCAGCGCCAAUGAGGUCUUCUACAACCCUGUGCAAGGCUUCAACCGUGACCUGACCUGUGCCGUCGUGACAGAGUUUGCUCGGCUCCAGCUGCAGCCGAAGGGGAUCAGGGUCAUCCUUCCCGGGGAGGAGAAGAUGGGCACGAGCAGCCCCCAACCGCCAGAGGACAGGGAUGGUGACACUGCGCUGGCACCCGACGGCCCCGAGGCCCCGCGGAUGGCAAAGCCAGGAGAAGUGUGCGAGGGAGGGCUGCGGGUCCUGGAGGCGCUGGCGGCCUCGGGGCUCCGUUCCAUCCGCUUUGCCAAGGAGGUGCCGGGGCUGCGGGCCGUGGUGGCCAACGACUUCUCGGCCCGUGCAGUGGAGCUGAUGAGGCGCAAUGUGGCCUUCAACAGCGUGGGGGACCUGGUGACCCCCCGCAUGGCUGAUGCCAGGAUGCUGAUGUACCAGUGCAAAGCAGACAGGGAACCCUUUGAUGUGAUUGACCUGGACCCCUACGGCAGCCCCGCACCCUUCCUGGAUGCUGCUGUGCAGGCUGUGAGCGAAGGAGGGCUGCUCUGCGUCACCUGCACGGACAUGGGCGUGAUGGCGGGGAACAGCGCCGAGACGUGUUACAGCAAGUACGGGGCCGUGUCCCUCAAGGGCAAGUUCUGCCAUGAGAUGGCCCUCCGCAUCAUCCUGCACAGCCUGGACAGCUGCGCCAACCGCUACCAGCGCUUCAUCGUGCCGCUGCUCUCGGUGAGCGCCGACUUCUACAUCCGCGUCUUCGUGCGGGUCUUCACGGGGCAGGCGAAGGUGAAGGCCUCAGCCAGCAAGCAGGCCCUGGUGUACCACUGCGUGGGCUGCGGCACCCACCAUCUCCAGCGCAUGGGCAAAAUCACGAGCCACGGCACCGGUUUCAAGUACGGUGCAGCCACAGGGCCGCCCGUGGGUCCCACCUGCGAGUUCUGCCAGCAGCGGCACCAGCUGGGUGGCCCCAUGUGGGCUGAGCCCCUGCACGACUCGGCCUUUGUGGAACGGGUGCUGGCGGCGCUGGAGAGCAGCCCCGGGCGCUUCCAGACGGAGCAGCGGAUGCAGGGGAUGCUCAGCGUCAUCACUGAGGAGCUCGGUGAUGUCCCCCUCUACUACACCCUCGACGGCCUCAGCAGCACCAUCCACUGCAACACCCCCUCCCUGCUGCAGUUCAGGUCCGCCCUCCUGCACGCUGGCUACCGCGUCUCGCUCUCUCACGCCUGCAAGAACGCCGUGAAGACGGACGCGCCGCCCACCGUGCUCUGGGACAUCAUGCGCUGCUGGGCCAAGAUCCACCCUGUGAAGCGCGAGCGGCUCGCAGAGACCAGCCCGGCUUCCCGCAUUCUCUCCGUGGAGCCCACGCUCCAGGCCUCCUUCACCCUCCGUGAUGACGCCAACCCCAGCUCCAGAAAACGGGGAUUGAAGCGGUUCCCGGAAAACCCUGAAGCCUUCUGGGGUCCCAAAGCCAGGGCCAAGGCUGGGGGUGGCAUCUCUCCCUCCCUCCAGGAGAAGCGGAAACGACACCAGAACAAACGGACGGAGCGGACAGAUGACGGCGCCAGCCUGAAACACUUCCCCUGCAAACGCUUCAAGGAGGGAAACUGCUCCUUGGGCACCCAGUGCUGUUACUCGCAUGAGGGGGAGCCCCCAGCUGCCCCCUCACCCUGACGUUGCCUCUCACGCCGAUUAAAUGGUGUCUGAGAAAAGUCUUGUGGUUUUUA